CAGCCCUUGGGCAGGGGCGAGCUCUUCCUCCGGGUGCCGGGCAGGGCUGCUGCCGGCUCCGCGCCGGCGGGGCGGGACGGGGCGCGCACCCCUCGCCCUGCCCAGCCGAGGAACGCGGACACCGGCUUCGAGAGCUGGGAGAAGAGCGGCAGCAGCGGGAGCGGCCGCGGCCGGAUGUGCUUGUGGCCUCUCUGAUCUUCUGACGCUAGCCAUCACUGAAGAACUGUACACAACAGAACGCAAAGGUUGUACAGAAUACAGAAUUACAGAACAGAGCUCUUGAGCUCAUCCUCCACAGCGUACAUAUUUCCCUUGCCUAUACGUGCUACUGCGACGAAGCACACCUCCUUUUUCAUAAUACCAGGCCUUUAUGGAUCAACUCACAAAGUUAGCAGCUGGGAAGUAGAAGAUAUCAAAGGCAUCGAGAAUAUCUAGAUAACAGAAGAGUAUAUCUACUCAGCUUCAAAAAGCACAUGUACUGGAAUUUUGACACACUCUAAUCGUGGCAAUAUAGAAGAUUUAAAUGAAUUUUAACUCUGAAGGCUCUGUACAUGUCUUGUGCCAAAGUUUAAGCAAAUAAAAGUAGCUCAUUUAUUAAAGACAAAUUAUCAAAAAAAGAUACUUAGGCAUAAAGUGAAGGUUUGCUAUAUGUCCAGCCUCAUCUCCUCCUACUUCCAGUUUAAUUUCAAAUUUGAUAUGGCAAACAGCAACAGCAAGCAUGCACAAAUAAUCUGGCUUCUCCAACUUAAUGAACAACAGCUCUUGUGUAUGUUUCCUAGGCACUUGAAUGACUCCUAAUCUUCAGUGUAUAUCAAUAUAUUCAGGUUGUAUAUCAACCAUAGAUUGAUAUACAUUUGAGAGUUUGCUAGAUGCUUAUUAAUCAAAAAAAUCCCGUUGUUUUUUUUUUUUUUUUUCCCUGAAACUGUAUUCAUUUGUAUUUGAAAUAAAAUAUAUGCCCAUCUUUAAGGGUUUGAAUAUAUGUAAGCCUAAAUUGGGUAGAAAGAGAUUACUUGUUACAUAUAAUUUUAGCAACAACCUACCAAUGAAAACAUAGGCACUAGCUACGGCCUUAGGAGUUAUUUGUGACUCUCUGUAUCAGCCAGAGGUGUAUACUGACUGGAGCUUUUUUUACUGUUUGGAAUACCAAAUCCAACUGCUAUAUUCAAACUAUUAGAUAUAGUUUGUAAAUAAUCACUGUUUCGUUUCAAACUAUUUAGUACAAAAUAUGAUCGUAAGUUUUUUUAUUAAGACACUUUAAAUUGGUUUGCCAGUAUGUAGUUUAUGUUAUGGUUCAUGAUCAUCUAUUUAACAAGAAACUCAAACAAUAAGGACUGAAAUUUCUUCUCCAGAUUCCAGGGUCAGAAUUACAAGGAGCCCCAAGGAGUACCUCUGCAAACAUUUUUGGAUGGAAAUUGCUUCAAUACUUUUCAUAGAAGAUCCAUGACAUUUCACAUUUGAUAUUACUCCUAUGUAGAAUGAUGUAAAAAUGCAUUAUUUAGGGAAAUCCUAAAAGGGAAAUUGAUAAGCUGAAGGACAGAUUAGUUUUAUUAAUUUAUUUUGGGACUACAGUGACUGAGCAUAUUUCUUUUCUUUUCCGUAGUUCUGGAAAUAAAAGUCACAAAGCAACCCAACAAGUUUUCAUCCAGGAGUGUAAACCAAGAUUGAAUUUCCAAGGCCUGGGCACCUUCUCUGAUUUUAAUUCUCUGUACUUGAGCAAAAGAUGACAAAAAACGCAACAGAGAACUUGACUAACACUCACUCAGCUCUCCUAGGUCUGCUUCUGGGUAGCAUUUCACUGAUCACUGUUGUCAUGAAUAUAUUAGUACUAUGUGCUGUGAAAACUGAAAAGAAGCUGCAAACAGUUGGCAAUUUAUACAUUGUCAGCCUCUCUAUUGCAGAUCUUAUAGUUGGUGCAGCUGUUAUGCCCCUUAAUAUUGUUUAUCUCCUAAGCAGCAGUGGGUGGACCCUGGGUGUAACAGCCUGCUUGUUCUGGCUGUCAAUGGAUUAUGUGGCCAGUACUGCAUCUAUUUUCAAUCUCUUCAUAUUAUGCAUAGACCGUUAUCGUUCAGUCCAGCAACCACUGAAAUAUCUCAAGUAUAGAACAAAAAUGAGAGCAUUAGUAAUGAUUUUGGGGGCUUGGUUGUUGUCUUUCUUGUGGGUCAUCCCAAUACUAGGGUGGCAUGUUUUUGCUGGUAAUGGGACAAGGAGAAAAACAGAAAAGUGUGAAACUGAAUUCUCUGAAGUCAACUGGUUCAAAGUGUUCACAGCCUUUGUCAAUUUCUACCUACCCUCUAUCCUGAUGUUAUGUUUCUACUGCAAAAUAUUCAGAGCUGUUCGAAAGCACUGCCAACACCGAGAGCUAAUCAAUAGAUCAUACUUGUCUUUCUCUGAAAGCAAAAGCGUACAUCCUGGUAAGACAAAGGACAAGCAAAAUAUUUGCCUCCAAAAGCAAAUCUUAGAUGAGAACACACCUCCCAAAGACAAGCAAAGGUCCCCUCAGCCCAAAAAUAUGGAAGCAAAGCUUCAUUUCAGUGAUCCUGACAGCUCUUCAAAAGUUUUCGUUAGCAGGAGUGAUAGCAAAGUCCUUAAAUGGAGCUGCUUCCCUCUCACCACUGCCCAGUCUGAGCCAGGCCUGGAUAAAACAGGAGAGAAGAGUGUAACAAAGGACAAUAAAAAGGAAGAGGACCUUUGCUCACAGGACAGUGACUUAAGUGAUGCAUCAGACAGCCAAACUUUCACAGAGGAGGUACCUUGUGGAGAGGAGUCCAGUCCUAACCCUGAAAGAGCCUGCAGUCCUCAGGAAAAGACAGAGAACAGGGACUUCAAAGGACUUACUUACCUGAGGAAAACCUGGCAAAGACUGCAUACUCGUUCCAAAAACCAUCUUCGAAGACUGCAUGUGAACAGGGAGCGGAAAGCAGCUAAGCAGUUAGGGGUCAUAAUGGCAGCCUUUAUGCUGUGCUGGAUUCCCUAUUUUGUAUUAUACAUGGUAAUAGCUUUCCACCCCCAUGAACAAUAUUCCAAGUUACACAUGGUCACUAUAUGGCUUGGCUAUGUGAAUUCCACCUUAAAUCCGUUCCUGUAUCCUCUUUGUAACCAUAAUUUCAAAAAGACAUUCAAAAAGAUCCUUCACAUUCCCUGAUAAUGGUCUGAUUUAUUUUGAGCUAAAAAGCAUCUCAUAAAUUCAAUCAAACAAAAUGUUCCAUUUUCAAAGGCUGGAUAAAAGUGAGGCAUGGAUAAAGUAGAAGGCUUUGGAAAACUGUAAUUUAUAAAAGAAGUCUUUGUACAAGUGGGAAAUGUGCAUACAACACCUUUAACACAUUUGAAGAAGACCUAAUUCCAACCAGGAAUCUGAAAAACUCAGGGGUCAAUCUCAGAACUGUUACACUAUUGUACAUAUUUUACAAUUUGAGAUUCUCUCUUUCAUCACGUAGAACAAAACUGGAGAUAUGAAAAGAGAUCUUCAGUGAUUAUAAAUUAUUCAGCUAAGGAAAAGGCAGAAAUAGAAUGUGGUUUCUGUGAUUGGUCAAGUAUUUUUUUUCUCAUUUAGCUUACCCUUUUAAACAUGGGAGCACACUGCUUGAGAAGAGAGAUCUUCUGCAGGAAGAGGUACUUUGCAUAGCCAAAAAAGAACAUUCUACUGUUUGAAAAAUCUGACCUAUUUAUUUAUAUCUUCCUUCAAAUCAUACACUUUUUGGAAAGCCAUAUUGUAACAUACCGUUUCUCUUUAAUAUCAUGCUUGCUUCAUUUACACCAGUACCUGUCAACUUCACUGGAAAGAGUAGUAUUUUUAUGUCCUAGACAUUUUGCUAAGACUUUCCAAACUCAUCAUAGUAUCACUAUUCAAGAAGGUUAGGCUGUUGCCUCUGAACUUACAGAAUGCAGUUAAUUCUGGACUACAUGUAUUUUCUUCUUCCUAUGCCUUGGCAAAUAGCCUAAGCUUGCAGUGGCAAUACCAGUUCAUAUAUAUCUUUGUCUUACAAUAGGCAAACUCUUCUGACUAUAAUGAGGCAGAGUCAUGAGCAACAACUCAAGCUUGCAAACCAGGAAAUAAAAUACAUGAAGUAUUUUUAACCCUUUCUAUCCUUUAUAUUUAAUUGCAUAUUAUAAGUCAUGCUGUAAAUGCUGUUAAAUAUUUCAGGAGAAGCAUAGAAUGAUACUUAAUACUUCAGGUUGGAAGGAGUCUCAGGAAGACAUCUAAAUACAACCUACAACUCAAAGCUGUGCUAGCAUUGACAUUACAUCAGGUUGCUCAGGGUCUCAUCCAGAACUUCAACGACACGCAUCUGUGAAAAGAGCUUCUUUGGAAAGAUUGGAAGACGGCACUGACAGAGGCGUUUGCAGAUACAUUUCACUCUACCAGCUCCAGGCUUUCCUUUGCUCAGCCAUUGAUUUAACUGUUUCUAAGUAUGAACACUAAUUCUCAAAAGCAGGCGUGCCCUUUUAUAUAGCAGCAAUCAAUCCCCUCUCCCUACGUGCAGUGAGGUAUAGGGUACUUCCCAAUCAAGGGAGAAAAAUAUAGUUCCUUAGCAAAGUACGUAGUGAAAUAUGUUACAUGAGCUAACUUAUCAGGAAGCUGACAAUUUAACAGAACAGUUACACCAAAAUAAGUGAGUCUAUGGACUGGGGAGAGAGAAGGAGAAUUGAGGCCAAGGAGAUGUCUGGCCCUAUAUUAAUCGAGUAUGUCAAGACCGCAUGCUACCAGGUUUGUGGUGCUCCAGGAAAGCAUUCAUUCUUAUUCUUCUGGGAUGGAGCUGAGAGAAACAUUUUGGGCAAACAGUGUCUGACCUUUGGGGCAAAAUUGCUAUGGGAGUACCUUUACACUGUUAGUUUUAAGAAGAAAUCCCAGAACCAGAAACUUCAGCAGCUGAAGUCAUGUUUGCAUAUAAUGGUGAGUUUAUGUAUGCAUUUUUCCAUAAGUUUGGGGAUGAUUGGGGCAUCCUAAGGGUUCAAUGUACAAAGAAUAUCCUCUCGCUGUCAUUUUGCUGUGUUCAUAAAUUUAUCACAUCCUGAAUAUUAGCUUGCUUCAGAAAUUGCUCAGUUAGCUUCACAACAAAGGUCUGAUGGAACUGGAGCUGUUUUAACUGAGCACUGUCAAGAGUUUGUUGGGAAAAGUUAAAGGGAUGUUCUGUGUAAUGUGUUUAUUACUUCAGAAAAAAAAUGGUUGUUUAAUGGUUGUAGGAAAAAUUCUGAAUUCUGUGUUAAUAAGUAUGGAUCUUGAGCUACUUAGAGUCUCUCCGUGCCACAUGUGCCUAUUUUGUAAAGUGAAUAUGACAAGACUUACAGUAACAAUGUGACAGUUAAGGUGACUGCAUGAUGCUUGUAAACUCUGGAUAUAAUACACUAACUAAAUGCAAAGUAUUAUUGUCCUCUGUCAGUUUUAUAUGUCUGAAUUACAUGUCUGAAUGUCAAUAGUUGUAUUUAAAGUAUUCAGUAUUAAAUGAAGCCCUAAUAUCUCUGCAGUUUAAUAAAUUGGUAGUUUGAUAUUUGGAAAAAUCUGCUAAAUGAAUGAACUUUAACUCAGUCUAUUUUAAUGUAUCAAAAAAGGUUCAGCGAUUUGUUCUCUUUGGUCUCAAGUAUUAUGCAAGAAUAGCUGCAAUUAGGGAACUCUAGAAAAAAUGUGGCAAAAUACAGAGGCAGAAUAAUAAAUGUAAGUACCAAAAUUCAUUACAGAAUUAAGGCAACUGUUCCACUGCAGGAACAGGAUCUGCACAAGUAAUGAAAUACACCUUCUGUUGGGUUAUAGAGAAGCAUCUUUUGAAACAUGCCCUUAUUCAAGGUCUUUUCACAAACAUUUGCUCAGAUCAACAUCCAUUCUGCUCUUUUUUUUCUAUUGUCAUAUGCAGCAGCAAUUCUAGCCGAAAUAGAAGGUAAUUUAGGAGAGCCCUGAGGAAAUCAAAGAAGCAGCAUCCUAAUUCAGCCACAAUUUUAUUAGUUAAUACGUUUAUUAGUUUAUUAGUUAACACAGCUGAAACGUGCUCACCUACGGGCUACUUAGGUUAGCAAGAAGGCUAUCCUCUUGAUCAUGACAAUUGACUUUUCUUACUUUAAAAUGCAUUAAUACAUGAAACAGCAGCUAAAACAAAAUCAGUGAAAGCUGGUCUAAAAAUGAUGACCAUUAAAACAAAGAAUACCUCUGGUACUAUUAAAAAACAUUUAAACACAGAAUAGCUAAAAUUAGGCAAAUAUAGCUGCCUGGAUGCUUUUGUAUACUUUUGUUUUUAUCCAUAAUCUUAGUGUCACUGUGGCAAUGACAAAAACAGGCAGCAUUGUCACAGUAGGCUUCUCAGAUGUGAUACAUACAACAGGCAAUAAUAAAACAGGAAAAUGGAAGACUUCCUAUUUGAAACUUUCAGGUAGCCAGGUAUGUAACAGGAUUUACCAGUUUGUUUCACUAAAAGAAAGCAAUCCAAAUGGCUCUAGACGCAAGAGAAGCAGAGGAAGGCAAGUUAGGGUAAGGAAUGGAGAAGCCUACUACCAUGUGGGGCCAAGCCUCAAUGGAAUAUUCCAGGUGUGGUUUCCUAUAAAUAUUUUCAAUGUUUUCCAGUUAAUAAAAAAGGUCAGAGGAGUCAUAGCUUUAAAAGAACAUAACAAAUUUCUUGGAAUUUCUUGGACUGGAGUUCUACUUUGUUUAAGGUGUGGUAAGAACAAUCAGCUUUUGAGACAGAAAAAAUGUCCUCUCCCAGUUUUUUCCUGUUUCAGUUGUGACAUCUAGCGGGCAACGAGCAGAAUUCUGGGCUGCUAGUGCCAAUCCCAGUACCGUGUAUUACGUAAGUUUAUUAAGGGAGGGACGCAGUUAGGAAGUGGAUCCUGCCAUCUAGUACGUGUUUCGUUUUCCAUAUUAUUUUCAGGAAACGUGGAACUCAAUAAAGGAAAUGUUAGUGUUGGUGCACAUUUUGGCUUAAUUCCAUAACUAAGAGGAUGUCCAUUACAUUCUCUGUGAAACCACUCUGUGAUGCUCUUUGUGCUAGCACAGUAAAUGAAAACGACUGAAAGAUUUGCUUUAAAAAUAUAUUUCUAAUCCUAAAGGACUAACACAGAAGCACCACAGACACCUCUGGAUAGAGCAGGUCCUGAAUUCUGCAGAUUGCUAUAUUUUUCCACCACUACCAGAGAUGCUAGAAGACAAGCCUCCUAACUAAAGAUGAGGUGUAAUAAUACACCUGAAAGUUUCUGUCCAUGCAUUCCUUACACCAGAAUAAGAAUCAGCCCAUUUGGAACUGCCACUUAAGUUUAAAUACUAUGCACAUUUACUUUUGUUUAUUCAUUACAUACAAUGACAAAAUUAUUAAUUUUCAUCAAAUUAUUUGUCUAUUGAAGAAUUAGAAGGGGAAAAAAAUACAAUUUACACUGUGUGAGAAAUAGCUCAUGAAAAUAGUUUACAAUCUUUAUUCCAAAUUCCAAAUUAUCUUAAAAAAAAAAUUAUAUAUACCUGACACCAGAAUAAACCAUUUCUACACAGUUAUCUGACGGUCUAAAACAGAAAUAUAAAAAAGCAAAUGUGUGAUGUACACUUUACACAUGCUCAGACACAUGACCAUAUGUACCAGUCUACUAUUAAAUUGCCAUUUGAGAUGUCCACCAGUUAAAAAGUAUUAGAGUUCCCACUAAAGAGAUGUAUACUUAUAUAUGGUAAUGAUUAAAAUCAUAUGGACAUCUGCUAAGUCUAGCAAUAUUUUUAUUUUCAAAAUUUGUUGUAUUCCUUCCAUUGUGUUUUGUUUACUGAGAUAUUUUGUUUAAACUCUGUUGUGUUUCAAUUGAAACAUGCCUUAAAAGGAAUACACAGCACCCAUUACUAUACAUUGAUACUGUAUAAUUAAAAUGAAUAUUUACUGUAUAAGUAAAUCUAAUAAAAUCAAAUGUAUUUGUUUUGA